CCGAGUUUGCGCACGACUCUGGGAUUUGUAGUUUCCUUUGCCCUCCAACUACGUCAGCGGAAGUAUUUUGAGCGUACGCGAGGUCACAUUGGUCCAGUUUUGUAAUGUUUUGAGAAACAUCGACACGAUGGAAGCAGUCAACACAGAGGAGAUCCAACUGAGGCACGUGGAGAAGGAUGUCCUAAUCCCCAAAAUGAUGAGGGAGAAAGCCAAGGAGCGCUGCGCCGAGAAGGUUGAAGCCUUCAACCACUGCUGUAAGGACACAGGUUUCCUCAUGGUGUUCAAGUGUCGAGAGCAGAACGCAGCCCUGAAGGAAUGUCUGACGAUACACUACAGGGACCCUGUGUUCUACGAGCAGUGUAAGCAGGAGUACAUCCAGGAGAAAUUGGAGUUUCAGAGGACGGGGAUCGCAACCAAGAACAGGAAACAAAAGCUACCAGCUAGCAUGUAAAGAACCACAUGCCCCUCCCCCCCCCCCUCAAAAUAAGCCAUGUUUUUCCACAUAAAUUAAGGGCUGCUCAGCAUUGGCAGAACACUUUGUGGCGUGUAUAUUGGACACUCGGUGGCGGCACACGUUCUGUUUGUUUGCCUUUUGCGUUUCCCUAAAGUUUGCUAAAUCAUCUGCAGGAAAAAUCUUAGUCGUGCAAAUGAAAGACGCUCGUGCGGUGUGUGUGUGUGUGACAUGUCAAAGAGCCUUGAGGGAUCAUGUGACUUACGCUGUUAUUGUUAAUAAAGGUAUUCAUUGGCAGUAAAGUGUA